CCUAUAGAAGCCUAAAUGAGGACAUCGCAUUCAUUUAAGAAGAAAAAUCUUUUCCAAAUCUAAGGUUACGCAAAUUAGAUCACUUUACCUCCCCUCUACAAUAGUCCCCCACUUUUUCCUGGGUUUGUACCACAAAAUUUACAACUUAUAAAUGCACCUGCAAGUUUUCAACUAACUACUUGGUCUUUCUCUGCAUGCAUUUAUGUCUUUUGUUGCAGUGCUGUGAAUUCAAUAUAAUUUAUCUCUUAUCUCUUACUUGUGUAUAUAGGUGGUGGUGAGUAGUACACAACACCUAUACUCCCUCAGUAUCUAUAUAUAUAUGUACCACCUAUUUCUCUCUCAAGUUUCUAGUGAGUUUUGAGUUUGGGUUAAAGGUAAAGAGGCGGAGGGUCAGAAGAGAAUGGCUCUUCUCAUGUGUUUUCUCUUACUGGGGUUGGUUUCUAAUGGAGUUGUAUCCCCGGUAAUGGCUAGGAAACUAGGGGGUUUCACCGAACAGAAAAACUACUACCCUCCUGAUCCCCACCACCAUAGUCAUUCACCACCAAGCACUCCCUCCAAUUGCCCGACGCCGUCGCACGGUGGCGCGCCGUCAUAUGGUGGGACGCCGCCAACGCCUCCGCAUGGCGGUGGCGGUGGCGGUGGCGGUGGAGGGUACUACAACCCACCCACACCUCCGGGUGGCGGAGGAGGGUACAAUAACCCACCCACGCCAAUCAUCACCACUCCACCCUCCCCUCCGCUUGUGGGUCCUAUCACACCAAGCCCUCUCGUUCCGAUCACACCGCCAACGCCGCCAACUCCGUUCCUCCCGAUCCCCACCCCUCCGUCGACUCCCUCGCCGUUCGACCCCAACAUCCCACCCUUCUUUACCGGCACUUGCAACUUCUGGCGAACCCACCCAGCGAUAAUAUGGGGCGUCCUUGGGUACUGGGGCACUGUCGGCAGACUCUUCGGCUCGGUGGCAGCUUCGGCUUUUGGGAGGAACCUCAGCUUGCCAGAGGCGCUGUCCAACACACGUGCCGACGGAAUCGGGGCCCUCUACAGAGAAGGCACAGCGUCUCUGCUCAACUCUCUUAUCAACAAGCGGUUCGCAUUCACGACGCAGCAAGUGAGGGAUGCAUUCAUGACCGCAGUCAGCUCCGAACGUUCAGCCAUGGCCCAGGCUCAGCUCUUUAGGAAGGCCAAUGAAGGACACAUCAAGCAUCAGUAGUUUUUUAUAAUAUAUGCCUCUUUAUUAUAUGUAUCCCUAAGUUGUUUUUUUAACGUAACAUGCAUGCUAAAAACUUGAGUGUUUAUGAUGAGUUAGCUGUGUUUGGUGUUAUGAACAAUGAUGUGUUUUUGGUGUUACCAUGUCUAAGUGAAAUGCUAGUUAUAUUUGGUGACCAAAGAUAUAAUGGUGUGCUUGUUGUUAUUUAUUUACAGUUGCUAAAAUUACAUAGGUCUAAUGUGAUCUUCUAUGGAAAUUUAUAUAGAGAGAGAUGGAAAUAUUAAAUGAAAAUCACAGAGCACCGAACUUUAAACAGUGAAUCCUGUAUGAAAAAUAUGUUGACAUAUUUUGGUGAGGGAAAAUUAUUGCUAUGAUGUUGGUUUCUGUAUCAUAGUUACUGAUAUAAUACGAAGGUCUUACUGAGAUCAUUAAAUUCUAAAAUAACACAAACAGAGAAGGACAGGACACAGUCAAUGAGGUGGGGAUUCUCGGUUCGUACGAAAUUUAUAUCACAAAAUUCAUGUCACACAUUCAAGUCUAAAUAAAUGAACACGCAUGGGUCUGCUAUUUAGAUUAGCAUAAUGAUGCAGUCAAAGAACAGGAUUGGUUUCAAACUGGUAUGAUGGUAAAAUGUAUCCAAAGAAGAAAAUACAAUCUGGAACUUUAUUGCAUGCAAAAUUUGUCUGAAAAUGUUCCGCAUACAUGGGAAAUUAUUGCUAAGAUCUGAUUGAUUGCGUUAUCAGUGGACUAGGAUUGUUAAAUACAGCACAGAGCAAAUAAGGCUCAAAUAUUUGAUUGAAAAAGGUCUAAAGAAGGACUUGAAAUGACUGCUGAUAAAAAUUUCACAGUAUGAAAAGCGAGCUCAAUAACUGAUCAUGUUCAAAAUAAUGUGUUGUUCAGUAAAUUGAUUAGCCAUCGUAAAAUUCUAACUUAUGAAUGCACUAGUCAAGCUGUACCAGAAAUCAAGAAAUAAUCAACAAUAACAAGAACUUGCAAAUUUGAAUAAAGAAGCUGAACAAUCAAGCCUUAGGGUGCAAAAAAAAUUGUUAAGAGAUAAGCAAACAGCAGACGUCUCACUGAGGGAAAAAUAGUUAUAAAGAGAUAACAUGAUAGAAACAAAUGAUGAAAAGAAAUGAAGAGAUAACAUGAUAGAACUUAGUGGAGAAGGAGGCAUUUUGUAAUGAUAAGAUAUCGAGACAAAUAAAAAAGAAGAGAACAACUAUCCGUUUUGCACUUUCUCAUCACAGGCAAAGCCUGCAAGGCAAGAUUUAGAACUCUGAAAGCAGCAUACAAGUUCAGUCCAGAAGGUUCUUUCAAACAGAUAAGAAGAACCUCAAUUCAAAUAGGGUAGACUAAAACGGGCUGAAAAUUUAUUGUAUACGGCACACCCUAGCACCACCAGAGCUUGCAUUUAAUAGAGCUCCCCCUCAAAAACAACCUAAUUUUAAGCAAUAUGAUGCUCGACAAAUCUCCUCUCCCUAAGGUGUUCUUGUCACACUAUUCCAGAUACUAGGCCAAAAAAUUUAAAGAAAUGCAAAAAAAUUCAGGAAUUAGAGAAAAAUAUAGUAAUUAACGGUCAUUCACGUGACUGAAAACAACCAUGGACCUCAUUUAUUGAAUUAAUAGAUGGAAAAUAAUGCAAGUUUUAUUUCGACGAAGUAUCAUUACCUCCACCUUAGAAAAUAGACAUUUGAUUUUUUUUUUUCAACUAAAAUCUCCAAUUAGAAGUAACAUGUUAUCCAAGCAGG